UGUCUGCUCAAGUGGGAUGUGGAGCCUCCAAGCGAUCACGGCUGGAUUCUCAGUGAGCUCGAGUGAGCUCAGCAUGCGGCGAUGAAGUGCUUCAGUCUCACCAUCGCGCGGCCAUUGAGACGCGCCCAGCCACUGCGGCCGCGCGUGCAGCAUGUGUGUCAUUGUGGCCGGCCCACACAUGUGACAAGAGCCGACAACAGGCUGUUUUCACUGUCGACGCGCCGGGUUUCCGACUCGCUCGCCUUCAAAAAAUACACACUGCCGCCGAACUACAAGCCCGGCGCGGGCAUCGAUCUCCCGGCCGGGAUGAGUGCUUCUGAAGCCGCUGGCGCUGCUCCGCGCAAGCGGACGGCGUACAUCGCCCUGGGCAGCAACAUUGGCGACCGCAUCGGCUGGAUCGAGAGGGCCUGCAACGAGAUGGACGCGCGGGGCAUCAGGGUGAAGCGGACGAGCAGUUUGUGGGAGACGGAGCCCAUGUACGUGCUAGACCAGGAUAGAUUUGUCAAUGGCGCCUGCGAGGUCGAGACGACCCUGGAGCCACUCGAGUUGCUGGAUGCGCUGCAGGACAUCGAAAAGGCGCUGGGCCGCGAGAAGCUCAUAGACAAGGGGCCACGCAACAUCGACCUCGACAUUCUGCUCUACGACAACAUCACGUUCGACCAUGAGCGUCUCAAGAUCCCUCACGUUGGCAUUCCCGAGCGGGAGUUUGUCCUGCGCCCCCUGGCCGAGCUCAUUCCCGACAAACCCAUCGACCCCUCACGCCCGUGGCGUCUCGUCGCCGACUACCUCGACGCCCUCCCGCCGUCCAAAACGCCGCUGACGACCAUGACGCCGCUCUCGGCGCACCACCCGCCCAUCCAAGCGCUGAACCCGUCCCGCAAAACCCACGUCAUGGCCAUCCUCAACAUGACGCCCGACUCCUUCUCCGACGGCGGCCAGAACGCCCCGCACGACACGGCCGCGCUCCACCAGACGAUCGCGGGCUUCCUCGACGCGGGCGCCACCAUGAUCGACAUCGGCGGCCAGUCGACCGCGCCGGGCGCGCCCGAGGUCUCGCUCGACGAGGAGCUCGCGCGCGUGCUGCCGGCCAUCCGGCUGAUCCGCACGGCCUUCGCCGCGCAGCCGGUGCUGAUCAGCGUCGACACGUACCGCGCGCGCGUGGCCGAGGCCGCCGUCGCCGCGGGCGCCGACCUCGUCAACGACGUCUCCGGCGGCGCCCUCGACCCGGCCAUGCUGCCCACCGUCGCCCGCCUGGGCACCACCGUCUGCCUGAUGCACAUGCGCGGCACCCCGGCCACCAUGGCCUCCCUGGCCGACUACCCGGCGAGCGAGGGCGGGCUGGUCGCCAGCAUCGCGCGCGAGCUGGCCGACCGCGUGCGCGCCGCCGAGGACGCCGGCGUCCGCCGCUGGCGCAUCGUGCUCGACCCCGGGCUAGGGUUCGCCAAGGUCGGCCGCCAGAACGUCGACGUGCUGCGCCACCUGGACGAGCUGCGGAGCUGGCCCGGCCUGCAGGGCCUGCCGUGGCUGGUGGGGUCCAGCAGGAAGAGCUUUAUCGGGAGGGUGACGGGGGUGCCGACGCCGAAGGAGAGGAUCUGGGGCACCGCGGCGACGGUGGCGGCCGCCGUGCAGGGCGGCGCCGACGUGGUGAGGGUGCACGACGUGCGCGAGAUGGCGCAGGUCGUCGCCAUGGCCGAUGCCAUCUGGAGGUAUUAGCGGCUGGCAGGCAUGGGGGGAUUCAACAUACGGUGCACUUGUACAUUCAACAAAGAAGAGGACAAGGGGGGAAAGGCGGUUUUCUGCGAGGCCGGAUUG